CAGCCAGGCAGCCAGUGUCGCGACUGCUCUGUAGCGAGGCACACGUGUAGCCAGCUAGUCCGGUAGUGUUGUGCGUGAUAGUGUGUACAGCAGAUCACCCACCACUGCCCAGCCUCUACGGGAUUUCGUAUUCAAUAUCAGAUCUGAGUAGUGCGUUGUUACCGGAAUGGUCGACUAUUACCGAGUGUUAGAAGUGCAGCGGCAAGCUUCUGUUGCAGAAAUUAAAAAAGCGUACAGGAGAUUGGCCCUGAAAUGGCAUCCGGACAAGAACCCAGACAAUCCAGACGAAGCAAACAAAAAAUUCAAAGAGAUCUCAGAGGCCUACGAAGUCUUAUCAGAUGAUGCCAAGCGGAGGGUUUACGAUCAACGAAGUGCGGCACCAAAAGUCUCCGCAACCCGACCCAACAAGCCGUCUUUCAGGAACUAUUUCCAAUUCGAGACUCCCUUCGCCCGUUUCUUUGAGAAGAAGAGGAGAGUGUACGACCAGUAUGGGAAGGAUGGGCUGAACCAGGACCGAGGCUCAAGAGGCCGCAGUCGACACCAUCACGACGCAGACUUUGAGUUCGGCUUUGGUUUCCCAUUCACCUUCCGAGACCCUGAGGACGUCUUCAGAGAGUUUUUUGGAGGGUCACCAUUCCAAGAGCUGUUUGGAGGGUCCCGGCAGCGACACUCUCACCCAUCUGGUAACGCACUCAGCUCCCAGCUCUUCAGCCCGUUCGGCUUCGGGCUAGGUCUGGGAUUUGAGGAUAUGUUUGGGGCUGGCCAUGGAGGUCUCCCAGAUGAUCCAUUUUUAGGUUCGACCCAGUUCACAUCCUUCUCUACGUCGUUUGGCUCCGGCUCCAGCAACCCCGCCGUCAAACGGACCUCCACUACCACUAAGUUCAUAAACGGAAAGAAAAUCACAACUAAAAAGGUUGCGGAGAACGGCAAAGAAACCGUGCUGCAAUACGAGAACGAUGUCCUCACAUCCAAGACUGUCAACGGGGUCUCUCAGGCCAUCAAAUAUAGUUAGAACGACACUCCUUACACUACAUUCACAGACUUUCUAUCAUACGUUAUUUAUUUGUUAAAUCUACAUUAACAGUUGUACUAAAGCCACAAUUAUGUUUCAGUCGUUUUGAUUCUGUAAUAAAUUCACUUUCUGCCCUGUCAUGUGUCCAAAUUGUUUGAAGCGGAGAAGGGUGAACCAAACUGUCGUCGUUGCUGUUCGUUACGUGUUGUACCCGUGUUGGCCUCUGGCCUGAUCUCAGAUUAAAUUUUGGUUGUCAGCAACAGUGUGUGUGUUUUAGUUAGCUUAUGCACUUUACGAUUUAAUGCACUUAGAUUUCAAUAUAUCUUAUUAAUACUGUAAUAUGUGUAAUAUAAAUUAUCAAUUUAUUUGUGGAAAGCUGGUCGAAGGAGGUGAAUACUAAACUAAUGGGAAACGUUUUUAACAGAUGAAAUAAAUACGAGUAAAGUGAAUGAGGUCGGUUUUGGCAGAAAUUGUUGUGAACAAAAGUGUUAAGUAUGGGGCAGAAUGGGAAGUUUAACUUGUAAAACUUGAAGUAAGCGCUAGUUAAGUAAUUUUUAGUGAUAUAAUGAGUAAUGAUUUACUUUAGCAACAUCCUCCCCCCAACACUAUUAGAUGCCUUAGGUUUCCUGUCACAGCAUAAUUUUGUAAAUAUUUGUUUAAUUGUAAGUUUAUUUUUGUAAUGUUUGUCUAAGUUAAGUAGGUACACACUGGUUAAACUUUAACUUAAUUUAAGAUCGUUAAAUUCUUUCUCGUACUUUUCCUUUUUGAUAGAUCGAUAGCGUUAGAAAAGUUAUUGUAGUGUUUUACACCAUGUAUCUUACGAUAAGUGGUUUUCAUUUUGUCUCAAAGUCGAUUUAGUUUGUCAGUUAGACGUUGGACAUAUAUGUUAUAAUUUAAUUGUAUUGAAAUAGAUGUGAUUGUUUUAUACUUCAGGUUUUAUACUACCGUAUUACAUUGUAUUUGAAAGUUUAAAAUUGCAAAUCAAUAAUUCACUCUACCGUUGUUUUUCAUUUGCUCAAUGAUGUACAAUUCUGUUUGCUCGUUUGACGAUUAUAAGUGUCCAAGGCCUGCUGAGAGUCAUUGUACUUAUUUAUUACAUUGCCCUCGUGUUCGCUGGUCACACACAGACUGACUACGCUGUUAUGCGAACUAUAUAAGUUGAACAGAUGUCUGUUCCAUUUAAUGUAAAAUAAAUAAUUAUUACUACCAAAAA